UUUUGGGAUGCGCAUGCGCAGUGUCCACUCCUCCCAACAGGAGUCCCUGGACUAUGGAGGCUCUCGGUGGAUACCCGAACAAAUCCAGCCAGCGAGGAAAAGCGCUGCCCGUGUUGAUGAGUCUGGCAGUGUGUUUGAGUUCACUUUAUUUACUGCACUCCAAACUAUCCAAACCGAGGAGAAUCCGGGACUUUUACUCUUUUGAAGUGAAGGACGCGCGAGGACGGAGCAUCUCGCUGGAGAAGUACCGAGGCAAAAUCUCGCUGGUUGUAAACGUGGCGAGUCAGAGUGAACAGACUGAGGAGAACUACCGCUUCCUCCAGGAGAUCCACAGGGAGCUGGGUACUGCACACUUUAAUGUUCUGGCCUUCCCAUGUGGUCAAUACGGACAAACUGAGCCUGGAACUGGCCGGGAUGUGGAAGCCCACGCCAAGGCCAACUAUGGAGUGACCUUCCCCAUCUUCAACAAGAUCAAAAUAAUGGGGUCAGAAGCAGAACCUGCUUUCAAAUACAUUACAGACUCAGUGCAGCGAAUACCAAAAUGGAACUUCUGGAAGUUUCUGGUGAACUCUGAGGGGCAGGUGGUUCGGUUCUGGCGGCCGGACGAACCCAUGGUGGAAGUCAGACAGGAGGCUACAGCACUGGUUCGGGAGAUCAUCCUGAAGAAGAAACAUGAACUCUGAGGGUCCAGCUAGUUUACAACCUUCAUACAACAUUAAAUGUGGUACCAGGAAUUGUGUGUGGGUGUGUGCGAGAGAGAGAGAGAGUAAGUGAGUGAUUGUGUAAGUUGAGUGUGUUUGUGUGUUUUUAAUGAGCCCAAAUCACUGUUUUCCUACUUUCCUUGAGUCACUUUACAAUUUUGUAUGAAGAAGGACCUGGCCAAUAAAGUUGUCGCUUAUUUUUUAAAGACUUUUACUGCAAGUUUCUAACAGUGUUAUUUUAUUAGGUAUUUUAUAAAGUAUUUUAGUUCAAAUGGGCUUCACUGGCUGACUAUCAUCUCAACUCAUCAGUUAACUGUAAAUUGUCAAAUAUAACUGACUUCUCUGCCUAGUGAUGUGCUGUGUUGAAGCUACUCUUUUGUUGGACAAGCUUCACAGAGGGCUGAUAAACAUCACAUUCAAACAUAA